AUGCCGAAGGACGGCGACGAGCUGGCGCUCCUCGAGGCGGCGUCCCUCGCCGACCCGCGCCCUCGCCCCCCCAGGCGCCUCAGGUCCGCGGCGUACUGGGAGCAGAAGGCCGCCGCCGUCGCCGCCAAGUGGCCCGCGCGUUCGCCUUGGGAGCCGGGCGUGAGGCCGCGCCGCCCGUACCUCGACGAAGGUUGGAGCGGUCAGGCCGGCAGCCGCGAAUGGCACCGCCUCGAGCCGGCGGCGCCCGCGGCGCCCGCGGCGCCCGCAGCGGUGUGCACCGAGGGCGACGGCGCGGUGCGCAGCCCCGGGAGCUUGGCGGGCGCCAUCUCGAUGGCGCUUCGCCGCAAGGGGCGCGGGCCUCCCGCGCCGCCGGGGUCGCCCUCGGCGGCGCACGGGGCAGCGCCGAACGCGCGCGGCUGA